AUGGAUUCCAACAGGCUGCAGCAAGAACUGCAGUGGAUGGAGCUGAUUUGGGAGGCAGCUCCAGCAGACAAGACAGAGAAACCUCUUACCUCCCAAGCCUGGAGUACUCUGUUCCAGGCAGUAUGGCGGGGUGCUCCCAGCCUGGUGAUACAGCUGCUGAGGCAAGGUGCCAGUGUGGAGGAGAGGGAUCACGCAGGUCGGACUCCGCUCCAUCUGGCUGUGAUGCGAGGCCACGUGCCUCUUGUACGCCUGCUGUUGCAGCGUGGGUCCCUGGCAGGCGCAGUUGAUCACACAGGGCGCACACCGUUGCACGAGGCUGCUUGGCACGGACACUCAAAGGUGGCGGAACUAUUGCUGCAGCGUGGGGCCUCAGCGGUGGCAUGCUCUCAAACGGGCCUCACACCCCUACAUUGGGCAGCUGCGCUGGGCCGCACGCUACUGGUUACAAGCCUUCUGGCCGCACCAGAUUCAGACCCUGCUGUGAAAGACUUAAGAGGUUGGACCGCCACACACUGGGCAGCGGCGUGUGGGCAACUGCCUAUACUAGAGCUGUUGACUGUUGGAGGCAGCAUAGACCUGGACAGCGCCCUGCUGGUGUCAGCGGUAGCCGGAAGUGCAUCAACCUUGAGGCUUCUCCUGGCACUGGGGGCAAAGGUGGAUGCCCUGGACAGCACGGGAGUCACCGCGCUUGGCCUGGCAGCUGGCCUAGGCCACCACCAAGGUGUGGAGGUUCUGUUGGACCAUGGGGCAGACCCAUGCAUCAGCGACAGGAACAACUGCUCUGCACUCCACAGGGCUGCUGCUGGCGGACACCUACCUGUUAUACAGCUGCUGGUGGCCAAGGGCAUUGAGGUGGAUUCUCAGGACUCGCUGGGUCUCACUCCCCUGCACUAUGCUGCCCGGAAAGGCCACAUAGAAGUUGUCAGCCAUCUCCUGGACAGGGGUGCACAGGUCAACGCUGCCGGUUGGCUCCGCAAGACCCCUCUGCACCUUGCUGUGGAGUGUGGCCACAGAACAACCACAGAUCUUUUGCUAAGCCGAGGAGCCAACUCUACUUUGAGGACACAGUGGGGUGAAAUGGCCCAGACCCUAUAGGGUGCCUGCCCCAGUCACUGCCUGAUUUCCUUUACUAAACAAACUUCUUAAAAACUACAGAAAGAUGAGCAAUUAGAGCUGUACUUCUAACAAAAUUAAGAGUUUAGGGAUAUGGAGGAUAUCUUUUGGUUGAGAUUUGUUCACAGGGCACGGCGGUGGUGGCGCGUGUGCCUUUAAUCCCAGCACUUGGGAGGCAGAGGCAGGUAGGUCUCUGGGACUUUGGGGCCAGCCUGGUCUACAGGAGCUAGUUCCAGGACAGGCUCCAAAACUACAGAGAAACCCGGUCUCAAAAAACAAAACGAAACAAAAAGAUAUCCCUGGUUAACAACUACAUAAAAAAGAACAACAUUGGUCAACAUUUUGCCAUGUAAAUCUCUUAUUUGUUCAAAAUGGCCACACUUGCAGUUUCCGGAUCAUGUAAAAUAUGCUCAAAGUGUACCUUCGUGCUGGACUCAAACAGGAUUUACAGAUCACAGUAUAUGUGAAGUGUUAUAGAUCAAAAUCUACAUAAGCUGCAAAGAAUUUAUGCUCAAGGGCGGUGUUUCUGUUUGUGUUAGCCAGAAAUCACCAUUAAAGGGGUGGGGGUUUUUUUUCCUUAUGAUUCUAUGAAUAUCUGGAGUAAAUUCAUGGUUGUUGUUGGUGGUGGUGGUGGAACUAACCCUGCUGCUUCACUAGGAGUCACAACCCCUGUCCCUGAGCUUUCUUGGGUGAGGCCAAGACUUUUUGACCAAAACAUGACAAGAAAAAUCCUGAAUCCUCCUUCUCAGUA